CUAUUAUAAAGCCUCCUCACUUCCCCCUCUGCUGCUCAUCUUCAUUCCUCCAUCAACAAUCAUCCUCGUAUCACAACACUAAAUCACUAUCAACACCUUCCAACCUACACACAAACCAAACACAACAAACACCUUCAACAUGUCUGGCCAGCCCCAACCUUCCACUCUCAAGUCUGUCGUCGACUCCACCACUGGUGCUGUCCAGAACGUUAUCGGCAACCUGACUGGCAACACAAGCGACCAGGCUGCUGGCGACCUCAAGAAGCAGAAGGCCGAGGCCGAGCACGAUGCUUCUCACGCUACCGCUAAGCUCCCCGGUGCCACCAUCUCCGGCUCUGGUGCUGCUGCCAAGGAUGACCCCAACCGCACUGAGGGUUCUUGGAACCAGACUGCUGGAUCCGCCAAGGAGACCAUUGGAGGCCUCAUUGGCAACGAGUCCUUGAAGCAGCAAGGCCGUGAGCAGAACCUCGAGGGACGUAACCAAGAGGCCAAGGGUCAGCUCAGCGACCUUGGAUCAGGUAUCGGCGACCGUGUUCAGGGUACUGUUGGAGGCGCCAUCUCCAACCUCGCUGGCGACAAGGAGAAGGAGGCUCACUACGACGAGCUCCGUGCCGAGGGCAAGACCCGCCAGCGUGGCGUCGAGCACGAUGUCCAGAAGCAGGCUGAGGCUGAGCACCGUGGUUAAAGUAUGCUGCGUUGCUACGAUGAGCAUCAGGCUAGGACGAGCAUGAGAGACGAUGAAACAUGAUACCCAGAGUUGAGUUGAAUGGAUCUAGGAGAUCCUACUGAUAGCAGUCCUAAUAAACACUAUGAAUAUUUACCUUUCUGUCCCACUACUAUUGAUUGUUCUCGACGUAGAGCUAAUCGUGAGAAUAUACAAAGUAUACUUUGGUUCCACGAAUAUUGAUGGUCAGUGUGACAGCCUUGUCCAAAAGAAGGAUUGUGUCUACAUAAAA